AUUUACAAGUUCUACACUUUCUCCCGCCAUUGGAAGAAAGCUCUCGUCUUUGGCUUGAUCGACGUUUCUAGAAGCGCAGGCGAUUUGGGAUCGAUCUUUUUCUUCAUUACACUCUUCAAAAUCUCUCCUUUUCUUUUUUCAUACACAAUCUUAGACUACCCCACUGAUUCCUUCUGAUUAUCAGCUGCUAAAGCCCUAGCAGAAAUUUUGUUCAAUCUCUGGCUCAGGCUUCUCUCUUUUUCUACCCUUUACAAGAUGAGUACCAUGAAGUUUUGCCGGGAAUGUAACAACAUUCUCUAUCCGAAGGAGGAUAGAGAUGAGAAGAUUCUUCUCUAUGCCUGUCGCAACUGUGAUCACCAGGAAGUCGCUGACAAUAACUGCGUCUAUAGGAAUGAGAUUCAUCAUGCUGUAGGGGAACGCACUCAAGUUUUGCAAGAUGUUGCUGCGGAUCCAACCCUCCCUCGCACUAAAGCUGUCCGAUGUGCUCAAUGCAACCAUGGAGAAGCUGUUUUCUUCCAGGUCCACUUUUCUUUUUUCGGUGGAAAUACUUCCUUUUUGCUUCCGAACUUUGAUUUACGAGGCUUGAGCACUCUUUUAUUUUAUUCUCUCGAUUGUUAACGCCAUAGAUUUUCAACACAUGCUUUGUUCUUUUCAUCUCCCAAAAUUUUAAUAAGGUUCUUUUGAACGAGAAAUAUAAACUGUUAGUUUGCUUGUGUAGUUGUGUGAAAUUCUGUCAAGCUGCUUGGAGGUUUCAUCAUGUUUAUACUUGUAUUUGCCUUGAUGUCAUUGCGUUGUGCCUGCAGGCCACUGCCAGAGGAGAGGAAGGUAUGACAUUGUUUUUCGUUUGCUGCAAUCCAAAUUGUGGCCACAGAUGGAGAGACUGAUAUCAAACACAUCUCCAAUAUGCAAUCGAAGUUUAAUUGGCACACCAAAUGUUUUAACCAUUUUAUGCUUGAAAGUGUAAUCUUUUGCAUUGUGGGUUUACAAUUGUACUGAUUCUAUGUGGGUUGUUAAGAACCAUUAUCAUUGCAACUUCUCAAUUUCUCAAUUUAACUUCCCAGAGAUGUACCGGAACAA